CUUCCAGUCCUGGUUUUGAGAUUUUCCAGCCGCUCGGAUGAGCUGAUCUCCUCUUCCUUUGUGUUUGAACGUUUGUUUUUUUAAAUCUGUCAUUUAUGGGACCGGGGGCGGCGGAGAGAAACGCUUCUGUCUGCCACAGCUCCCUCAUGUCUGCGGGACAAGGACCAGACUUGUCCGGUGAUGAGGUGUUUGUGAGCCGGUUCCCCAUCCAUCGCGCCUGCCGGGAUGGAGAUGUCGGGGCUUUGGUGUCGCUGUCAGGACAGCUUAUGACCAGGGCUCCUCUCACUACUGAGGACUCCUGCCACGGCUGGACUCCCUUACACUGGGCUGCUCAUUAUGGACAGAUGGAGUGUGUGAUGCACCUGGUGCAGAUGGGCUGUGAGGUGAAUGUGGUGACCAGUCACCUCAACCAGACACCAAUGCACACUGCAGCAUUUGGUGGACAUCCUCACUGUGUGGUGUGGCUGACUCAAGCUGGAGCGGACGUCAACAGGCAGGACGUUGUAGGUGAGGCUCCUAUCCAUAAGGCAGCUCGCUCAGGUAGCCUGGAGUGUAUCCAAGUUCUGUUGGUAGCAGGAGCUAAACCACAUUUAAGGAACAACAGGGGGCAGACAGCAGCAGACCUGGCCCACACACACGGCUUCCUCGACUGUUUUAGCUUCAUCUCCAAUGCACACAAGCACCUGCUGCAACUCGGCGAUCUCCAUAUAAAUGAUGUGCAGAAUGGAAACGCACCCUGCGGUCAGGGCCGGCUCAGCAGAAAGAGGCUGACGCCCACCAUGGACUGUGGACAUGUGAAGAAAGCAAGGAGAGCAGAGAACAUGUUGGUGCAGAUGAACGGCAGCAGUGAAGGCGAGGAGGUGGAGAGCAUGAACACAGAGUCUGCACACAAACUCCACGCAGGUGAUAACACCAUCCAUCAUGACCAUCAUCACACACUGUCUCGCACUGCCCAGGAUGACCCUGAGCUGCCCAGAAGCUUCCCCUCAACACCAUCCCCUCCAGAUAAGCAGCUGCCAGCAGCAACACCGACCCAUAACUCCUCACCCGAAAUGUGCGGCUCUCUGCACCUGAACAGGAGUCCCAGCAGCUGUGUGUCCCAGCGGCCAGGCUGGAGGGGGCUGAUGGGAGAAGACUGCAGUGACUUCCAGUAUUACGGACACUAUCACGGUUUUGGAGACACAGCAGAGGAUCUGAGUGACAGCGUCAGCGUCCAGGUGGAACACAGAUACAAGCAGGCUGUGGCCAGCACUGUCCACCUCUACCACAGCUCAUAAACACAGAUGGUUAACCUUUACAGCUGCAGGAGACAGGGAAGAGGGCUACAACAUUUUGAUUUGCUUUUUGAAUCCUAAAAGGGAAUAUUUUGCUUUAUCAACCACUCAGUCCCUAGAGAAAUGUACCAUUUUUGGUUUGUGGGGACAAGGGAGCUGCUGGUCUACUGUUGCCUUAUUUGUUAACUUGUCACUGAAGUAAAUCUGAACAAAGCACCAAAAUCAAAAAAUGAUAUGAACUUUGUAAUGGUGGCAGCAGAGGAUAAACAACUCCUGUGUGCUGUGAUAUAAAAUUGCUGAUUUUCUCUUUGGGCUUUGGUGUGAGGGGUGAACGGUUUACAAUGUCACUCAGUUUCGAGACAGAAAGGCUGUUUAACAGUCAGAUAAAUCCGCAAACAUUCUUAAGAUAGCAAGUUACACUGGCUAAGACAAGCCUUUCAUUAAAUGACUUAAAUCAGUUUUUUCUAACCGUCUCUUCCUGCAGUGUUCUUUGUACAUUGUAUUGUGGUUUAGUGGUGCUAAAUGUGGUCAGUCAACAGUGUUCAUUGCUGAACUGAGAUUAAGUUCAGUUCCCAUCUGAACAUUGUUAACAAGCAGGUGUUAACAAUGUAUGACCAUGAAUAACAAAUGAAAACAACUCCCAUUGCACUAAGAUAUGGAUGUCAAACUGCUUAUUUAAGGCAGCGGUAUUUUUGGAUGUAAACAACGUGAGGAUCACAUUUGUGGAUUUAAAUGUCUUUUCAUUCACCCACUUGCACCUUUUAUAAUCAGACACACAUAGCAGAGGCUCAUAUUAUUUGAACUGAACCUUUUGCCUGUAAAGCACAGUUGUACAUGACCAAUUGUCACUGCCUGAUCUUCAAUAUAGGCCUUUUUUCAUGGCAAACAUUUUGACAGGUCAGUCAGUGAAAACAGGCACAGGUGUGACUUCAAUUAAACAUUCAUUAUUAGCGUUAUCAGUAACACCUUUGCUUUUCCUGCUAUAAAUCAAAAUGGCUGCUGGCUGGACACUCAUAUUACUUCCUACAGUGUACUCCUGCAUAAACAACAUUAAUGUUUCUAUUAUACUGCUACUGCUGGCUGCUUUUCACCAUUAAGGAAUAGUUUAAUGGGCUGUGUGGUGUUAAGUGUGUGUGUAUUGUGACAAACAACUGCACUGAAACUAAAAAAAAAAAAAACCCCGCUGGCCUUGAUCAACCAAAGGAAAUGUUUGUGUGUAUCUACAAUCCUGUUGUUAUUUAUGUGUUAGAGCAGUGUCAUUUUCUUUGAGGGAAUUGUGCGUAAACACUACAUCAGCUCUGUGGGAAAGUGCCAAAGAAAUACUUUCCUAUUUCUGAAAGCUGUUUUAUACUAUUUCUGGUUGUGUCUCUUUUUCCUAUUAAAACCUUUUUUGCAGUUUCAUAAA